UACCUCCAUGUUUUUUAGGAGGCGUUGUUUGGGUCAUGGCUGGCAGGUGGGCACAAUCUCGGAGGCCAUGUGGGUAUUAGCAAAGAUGGCGGUAACCACAAAUGGUCCUUGGUUAAACUUGCUGUCAAAAUUCCCUGUCGAGAGAGCUGAAAAGUACCUGGACACACUAGUGAGCAGCCUGUGUGGUCAGCCGCAGCGGGGGCCAUCGUUCUGCCACUACUCCCAGGUGUGGUCACUUACCGAGUUCUGGCAGUCCAACAGUGCCUGGAGGGAGUUUUUUGGCCGGCUUGACCCUGAUGAGCCUGUGAUGGUAUGAAUUGAGUUUGACUGUGG